AUGGCGUCCGUGCUUGGGCGCGCCAUGUAUUCAUGGUUGACGGCAUGGUCGAUCCUGGUGUCACUUCUGGCGUUGAAUGUGCAGAGGGCUGCAGCAGACAAUACCAGGUGGAUAGAAUACACCGGCAAUGACGGCACCGUUUGGCUCAACGACGACCGACGCCCUUCCUUGUACACUCAGAAUUUUGGAGAUUGCCAGGGCGAUUCACUCAUCAACGUCUCCCGUUUCGAUGCGGCAUAUUACAAGGACAACAUGACCGUUCUCUUCCACCUGGAGGGUAAUUCAGCCUUGACAAAUGAGAGUCUGAUGCUAUACAUCGGCGUUUUCGCGUACGGAGAGUCCCGUUUUAAUCUGACGUUCAAUCCAUGCAAUGCCAAUAUUCACAGUCUCUGCCCUCUCAACUCGUCCGUACCCAUCAACGCGAAUGGAAUUAUCCCCGUGGCACCGUCGGACGUGGCCAAUAUCCCGUCAAUUGCCUUGACCAUUCCGGACUUCGAGGGACAGGCAAUUCUUCGCAUCUUUGCAAACUCGACUGAAUCCCAGAUAGCUUGCUUCUCUGCAGUGGUGACCAAUGGGGCCUCAUUUUCACACCCCUCAGCAGUGGCCUCUGUCCUCGGUGCUUUCGCCGUCAUUGCCUUGGUAUCUUCAACGGCCAUGGCCAUAUAUGGACCAAACAUUCUCGAGGCGCGGAAGCAUUAUGCCCAUUCGGUCUCCAUUUUUGUGGUGAUCUCCGUCUAUCAGCACAUCUUCUUUACUGGAGGGUUGUCUAUGAAUUGGCCAAGUGUUCUCGUCUCGUUCUGGAGUAACUAUGCCUGGUCGGCCGGGAUCAUCUAUAGCCAGAAGAUGCAGAAUUCGAUCAAUCAAUUCAUCGGUAGCAACCGCGGCAAUAUCAGCAUGGUCGGCGCCGCUCCCAAUGGCGAGAAUGCUGCUGGACUCGGAGGUGGCUAUGAAAUUUCACAGAUAUACAAGCGAGCAGCGCCCACGCCGUUUGCGUUACCCCAGGAGACUCCCUGCGACGUGGAUCACCUGCUGAAAAGACAAGCUGCGAAUAUCACAAACGGGACUUCUCAAUUCUCCUGGUACGGGAGACCAGUGCUGCCCGGGUUGCCGUUACCAGGGAAUUAUUCUGGCUUUGCCGGAACCUUGGCCGAGCUCAACAUACCGGCGUCCAACGCAUUUUUAACCGGGCUUCUAUGGUUCCUUAUUUUGAUCGCUUGCCUUUUGGGGGCUGUAUUCUUGCUCAAAUGGAGCAUCGAGGGUUUGAUCGCCGUUCGACUGAUCAGGACAACUCGACUUGGGUACUUCCGGAGACAUUGGCUAUGGUUCAUGGCCGUGGCUGUUUUGCGGACAUGCUACAUUGCCUUUUUUAUGAUGAUGUUCUUGACCAUGUUCCAAUUCACUCUGGGGGGAGCCAACGGCGUCAAGGCCAUCGCCGCGGUGGUACUCACAGGUUUUCUGGUCGGAAACCUCGGCAUUUCGGCUUAUGCCCUUUGGUACAGGACUAAGUCUGAGGCGUUGCCGGAGCUACAAGAGCAGGCAAGCCAUGAAUCCCGUGGCACCGAAAAGCCCGGCAAGUCCGCUUGGUACAAGAUCAGCUUUAAGAAAGUACCUGAGAACCAAGCCACAGAAAGCCAGACUUCCCAGCCGAAGACAUGGUUUCAGAGGUAUCUCCCACGACUUAAUCCCACUCGAGUUCAUGUCCACGAUGAUGAAAACUACAUCAUCAGAUACGGCUGGCUGGCAUCAAGAUUUCGCCGGAGCAGGUGGUGGUUCUUCUUCGUCUGGCUAAUCUAUGAAAUAGUGAGGGCCGCAUUUUAUGGCGGCGCUGCAGGCCAUGCCUUGACCCAGGUCUUUGGUCUGCUGGCUUGGGAAAUCAUUGCUCUGGUAGCAAUUGUACUGCUGAGGCCCUUCCAGAGCAACCGCCUCAACCUGAUCAUGGUAUACCUCCUAGGCUUCAGCAAAGUGGCGACGGUCGCAUUGUCGUCAGCCUUUGAUGCUCGAUUCGGACUGGAUCGAAUUAUGACGACAGUGAUUGGAGUGGUUAUCAUUGUCAUUCAAGGAAUUCUGACCAUUUGUCUGAUGAUCGCCAUCGCUCUCGGGGCGAUCUCUAGCUACAUGUCUGUCACGCGUUACCGCGAAACUAUCAAACCUAAAUCAUGGCUGAAGCCCCGGACACGAUAUUUCGCUCAUGUCGAUCGCAAGGCAACCGACCAACCGAAACCACCUCCGCCGCCACCACCGCCAGAGCCUGAACGUCCGAAAGAGCCUUACUUUAUGGUGUCGAGUGUCCGGCGGCAACCCAAGAUUGAAGACGAGGACCCUGACAAUCAGGUGGCCGAGUUUUACAUGUCACCGCGGGCCUCUACUUGUAUGGAUCCAGAGAUAGAGGGAAGCCAUCAGGUGAGCGUGUCUCGAUCACAUUCCAUGCGGUCUCGGACUAGCGUAUCGAACUUGCCCUAUGGAGCGAGGGCUCAUCGUGUCAGCUGGAGCACGAGAGACUUCCAAGACAUGGAUCUUGAGCAAGGCCCCAAUCCAAUCUAUACACGGAUGAGUAUAGAGAGCAUCCGCGACGUUCCCAGCAGGCACCGGGCAGCCAGUCUGCGUGGAGCAUCUCGAGCUGGCACACCCAUUGGGGAGCUGAAUGAUCCCCCCACUGCCCCAGAUGUUCUAGCCCAUCGACGGGGACACCGACGCAGUGUGUCAACGCCACUGGGCUCGAUGCGGAAAAACACGACCGUGGACGAAGAAAAGGAGAACGAUGCAGACACCAUCCACCAAGAGAUGAGCGGAAGCAGAGAGACUGCGCACGAAGCCACGAAACUUUGA